GACCCAACAAAAAACUUUCUUUCCUUCUUUUUUAAAAGAGAACCAAAUAAGGGAAGGCAUAAUUCCCUAUAAAAUUUCUCUCCCUCAUCUAUCUUUCCUCUUAUUUUCAUUGAUACCAAACAUAGUUACUGAUCAAUUAAAAUCGGUUCAUAUGAAAUUGACCUAAUUGAUAAAAUUAGGGCAAAAAAUUUAUUAGCACUUUAUUCUUCAUCGGUGGCCGCAACCAUGGUUACUGCAGUGGAACUUCUACAUGUAACUGAACACAAACAACCAGAAGUAGAACAACAAACCAAAGAUCAAGUUGAAUUAGAAGAAGACGAUGACGACGACGUAUCGUAUUCUUCGGAUUCGGAAAUCGAUGAUGCUUUGGAUUGGUUGGAUUCAAAAGAAGAUGAAUACGAAUCAAUUGACGGCUCUUCCCUUAGUUCCUGGCGCCCUAAUGCUCAUGGUGGCCACCAUUCUCAUUCUUCCACUCUCCAACCUCUCUCCAAUCGUAACCAGAGAUUCUCUCAUCAUAUUCGUGCUUCCCCUUUAGAGGAAUGGGAAGGAAGAAUGAAUAUUGGCAUGUCUAACACUGUUACAACAGCAAUUCGUGCAAGUGUGAGAGAUAUGGCCAUUGGUAAAACCAGAACUACUGAAAAAGCAGACAGAGCCACUGUUGAGCAGGCAAUUGAUCCUAGAACGCGCAUGGUUUUAUUUAAGAUGAUGAACAGAGGUGUGUUUCAAGAUAUGAAUGGAUGCAUUUCAACCGGAAAAGAAGCAAAUGUUUAUCAUGCGACCAAAUCCAAUGGUGAUGAACUUGCAAUUAAAAUAUACAAAACAUCUAUUCUGGCUUUUAAGGAUAGAGAUAGAUAUGUGAAAGGAGAUCGCCGGUUUAUAAAAGGGUACUGCAGGAGUAAUCCCAGAAAAAUGGUACAAACAUGGGCAGAAAAGGAAAUGAGGAAUCUUUUUAGGCUAAAGGCAGAAGGAAUUAGGUGCCCUACUCCACAUCUUCUGAGGCUACAUAUCCUGAUUAUGGAAUUUAUUGGAAAGGAUGGUUGGGCCGCUCCACGUCUCAAAGAUGCAGAUCUAUCUUUAGACAAGUUACGGGAAGGCUAUGUUGAGAUAAUUGUUGCAAUGCGGACAUUAUAUCAGAAGUGCAAAUUGGUGCAUGGUGACCUCAGUGAAUAUAAUAUACUUUAUUAUGAGGGUCACUUGUAUAUUAUUGAUGUUUCUCAAUCGGUUGACCUUGACCAUCCUCUUGCUAAUGAUUUUCUGCAUGAAGACUGUACUCACGUAUCUGAUUUCUUUAAGAAACACGGUGUAGGUGUCAUGACAGUAGAAGAGCUGUUAAAUUUUAUUAAAGAUGCAUCCAUUGCUGAUGAUGCUGUGGAUAGUUAUUUGGAAGAGCUGCAACAAAAAAUUUUGGCCAGAGAUGUAUCCAUAGAGGAGAGUGCAGACCUUGUGCUUGCUAAGUCUGACAUUCUAAAGAAACUAGAUGAUGUUAAGAUUGCCGAGGAGGACGUACGACAUAUAACAGAACCUUCCCUGCAAAAUGACCAGCAAACGCAGAAAUUGAAUACUAUAGAAGAUUUACAUGUCAUCUCUGACGAUAAAUCUAGCCUUUUAGUAGGUGAUGCGGAGUCUCAAUCUGGCGAAGAGGAAGAUAACUUGAGCAAUUCUGAAGAGAUUUCAUCUUCUGAAAGUGAUUCAGAUACUCCUUUGGAGAAGAAAGCGGCUAGAAAAGAAGCUAGGAAAGAAAAUAAAAAGAAGGUGAAAGAGGAGAAAAGAGAAGCAAGGAAAACUAAAGUCCCCAAGGCUGUGAAGAAAAGAAAGAAAAAACUGUCUAAAGCCCCCAAGACCAGAUAGACUAUAAUGAUUUGUAAUGGCUACAUAAGUGUAGGUUUUGAAUUUCUAGAUAAAAGCCAAAGAUUAUCCAAAAUAAUAAUUUGGUUUUCUAAGCAUAUAUUAGGAGAGGUUAGAAUUAAUUUGAUGAAUCUUUCGAUUUUUGGUGUUUUUCAAAUUUUAUGUGGAUGUUGAUUUUAGUGUUUAGGUUUUUCAAUUUUCUGUUUGAAAAAUUUGAUAUUGAAAGUGUCAUUUAGUAAUGAAAUUUUAUUUUAAAUAAA